UAACUCAUGAGGCUAGCUAGCGACGGAGUUGUGUAUAUAUGAAACCCGAAUGACUUGAACAACUUUUCAAUCCUAUAUCAGAUUCAUAUGCCAUGGAAACCAUUACGUUCUUCAUUUCUCUGCUAGUUCUUUUUGCUUCUCUCUACUAUUUCUACUGUAAAAUUAUUCCUAGCCCCAGGCAACAAGUAGCAGGUUAUCAACUGCCGCCAGGAAGCACAGGUUGGCCCAUCAUUGGUGAAACACUCGAGUAUCUACGCACAGCCAGAAACGGUGUCCCUGAGAAGUUUAUAGCAGACAGAAGGAAGAAGUACUCCGAUGUCUCGGUGCCAUCGGCAGCAGCCACAGAAGGCUCGUGCAAGGUGUUCAAGACAUUGUUGCUCGGUGAACCUAUGGCCAUGCUGUGCACCGCAGCUGGAAACAAGUUCCUGUUUUCGAACGAGAACAAAUUAGUCAAGACCUGGUGGCCUGCCAUCUUCCAAAAGUUGUUUAUAGACUCCACCAAACUAGAGUACUCCAAAGUGACCAUCCACAAUCGCAAAGCCAUAUUCCCGUUUCUCAAGCCUGACGCUGUCCGAAAGCAUAUAGGGGUCAUGGAUCAGGUCACCAAAGACCAUUUCGGGAAGCAUUGGUCCUUGCAGGAUCAAAAACAAGUGAGCAAGUUUCACUCACUAGUAAAAAAGUAUACCUUAGCAUUAUCUAGCAGACUCUUCUUAAACCUGGAGGAUCCACAAGUGAUUGCAAAGCUAGAGGAAUCCAUUCGGCAUGUAAGUGAGGGGCUCGUUUCAUUGCCAAUAGAUCUGCCGGGCACCAACUUCAACAGAGCCAUCAGAGCAUCCAGAAAAAUGAAGAAGGAAAUUGACAGUAUGGUUGCGCAGAGGAAGAACGAUCUCAUGAAUCUGAAUAUGAUUGAUCGUGAACAAUUAGAGAAUGCUCCCCAAGAUCUAAUGUCUAGCUUUCUCUUGGAGACACGUUUCGAUGGGCAAGAGUUGACGGAAGAGGAGAUUAGCAAAUACUUGUGUGGUAUCAUGCUUGCCGGUUUUGACAAUAUAAUAAACACAUUGUGUGCCACUGUCAUCGUUUUGUCACAGUUUCCUGAAGUUUAUGACGCUGUACUUAAAGAGCAAAUGGAGAUUGCAGAAUCGAAAGAUGAAGGAGAGUUGCUCAAUUGGGGGGACGUACGGAAGAUGAAAUAUACAUGGAACGUGGUAUGUGAAGUAUUGCGAUUGCACCCACCAAUUGGUGGCACUUUUAGGGAGGCCAUGACCGACUUUGUCUAUGAGGGACACCUAAUUCCAAAAGGAAUGAAGAUACAUUGGAAUGUGUAUGCGACGCAUAAGAAUCCGGAGUACUUUCCAGAUCCACACAAGUUUGAUCCGUCGAGGUUUGAAGGACAUGGACCUCCUCCUUACUCGUAUGUCCCUUUUGGAGGAGGACCUCGAAUGUGUCCUGGAAAAGAACACGCUCGAUACGAAAUAUUGGUGUUCUUGCACAACCUGGUCACCAGGUUUAAGUGGGAGAUGGUUUUUCCUGACGAGAAGAUGGUCGUCGACCCUGUUCCACUUCCGUCCAAAGGACUUCCUCUGCAUGUGUUUCCUCGUAUAUAAUUCAUCUUUCAGUGAUCACAAUCAUCUACACAGACGUGAUAAGUAUUGUUAUUUGUUAUGAAUCCUACUCCACCAAGAGUUUGUAGUAGUGUUUAUCAAGUCAUCGACUCUACAGUUGUUAGUUAAUUAGCCAUUGGGGAGUUGUUCCAUAUCUCCUGCUCAGUUUGUUUUGUCGAGAGCUUCCAUUCAAUCAAAUAAUUCGGUUAC